AUGGUUCCGACCAGAGAUUACUGGAAAGAGUUGAAAGCAAAGGUUCCGGAAUUGUGCCUUGUUUUCCGGAAAGAACCGACGGAAAUUCGAGGCCGGAGAGUCCAAGUUGCGGAACAUAUUACUGACGGGGUUAGACUCGAGGCAGUGAUGGAAUUCGGGGGUUUGUAUUUUGAUUUAGAUGUCAUGAUACUUAAGCCCCUAGAUCCCCUCCUUAAAUUUGACGUUGCCAUGGGAUACGAGACGUCAAGGGGGUUGUGUAAUGGCAUAAUAAUUGGUACGGCAUGGGCCGAGUUUUUCAAGAUCUGGCAUAAGGAAUAUAAGUCUUUUCAGGAUGAUCAAUGGAACUUCCAUUCUGUGAGAACUCCCGGGAGGCUGGCGAAACUGUACCCCAACCUGGUGCACACAGAGGCCACAUCUCUUCACAGACCCAACUGGAAGGAGCUCGACAAGUUAUAUGGUGUUGGGAAGCUUUAUGAUUGGAAGAAAAAUAAUUACGCCUGCCAUUUGUGGAUUCGGAUGCAUAAAACGGAACAUAAUCCUACCGAUAUCAAAACUUGGAACACUACUGUUGGAGAAAUGUUCAGGUGGGUCUGCUAUGGCGAUUGGAAACUGCAGUUGCCAGGGCAACACGUCAAUCCCACGAACUGCCCUAAAGAAAUCGUGUAUUCUUAA